UUGAACUCUUGGCAGCACUCAAAAGGAGGAACAAUGACAGGGUCAUUGCGGAGAAAAUGGCUCGUACCUUUGCCUACAGGCGUCAGGAGGUGGUGAAUGAAGAACCUGGUAUAGAGGAUUUCAAGGACAGAUGGCCUGCUCUGUUCCAACAGAAAGAGAUUAAUGCGGAGUUCCAGAGGCUCAUGGCUCUUCCCCUUGAGCAGACGUUCUUGGCCCAGUUGGACAGGCACUCAAGUCAGCUGAUUAAAGUCAUCCAGGCCAAAGGAGGAGCAACACGUGCAAAAAUGGCUGGCAUCAUGAGAACUUAUGAUGAGGUUGAAGACAUUGGGAUUCGAAGGGAAUGUGUUCUGAAAGGGCUCGUCACCUUUCUUGGAGAGGAUGCAAAAGACCUUAUUAAGGAAUACUGUGGCAGCAGCGGAGAUGAUGCCCAGAUGGAACUCAAACAACUCACCAUGGCAGUGUUUGUGAUUCGGAAGGAGGGAGAGGGAUUGAAAGAACCCCCAGAAGACAUUGGCAUCGUCAUUGAGGGAGUGGAGGUGUUGCAGGACCUGACUUCAGUUGCCUCAGCAUGUGCCCUGCUUCUGGGUUUGAUAUAUUCCCUUAACUUGGCUUAUCCAAAGGCUCUGCGCUUCACAUUUGAAGUGUUCCAAAAAAUCUUCAUGCAGCUUGAGCAGCACAAGAUGUCUCCCAAAGUUCAAAAUUUGUUUGGAAGACUUCAGACCUCACAGUAAAGACACUGGCAUGUUGUGCAACAGGACAGAAGAUCUUCAGUCUUCUUUGUUUGGACAGAAGAACGCCAUGUUUUGGAAGCUUAACACCUCAAGGAACUGCACUUUGUGAACUUCUUUUGGGACAUUGUUCAUAUUAAAGCCACAAGUAAUACAGAGUUUACUGGAUAACAAUUGACCGGUAUUUCUGGAGGAUGUUUACUGAUGAGGUUGUGAUGAACAUUAUCAUUUUGGGAGUAGGUCUUUUUUGUUUUUGACAUUUCAUAAAGUUACAUGGUUCAUCUCUUUGGUUUUGUGUGG